GUUCCGCGCAUGCUCAGUGUGCGGGUCUGGUUGUGGUGAUGAAGAUGUCGUCAGGUAGUGUGUGUGUGAGGAUGAGGUCUGUCAGUCUGUUCUCUCUGCUGCUGCUGAACGCUCUCUACAGCCUCGGCUCCUCGCUCUACUUCCACAUCGGAGAGACCGAGAAGAAAUGCUUCAUAGAGGAGAUCCCGGACGAGACGAUGAUUAUAGGUAACUACCGGACUCAGCUGUACGAUAAACAGAGAGAAGAGUACAUGCCGGCCACUCAGGGUCUGGGGAUGUUUGUGGAAGUCAAAGAUCCUGAUGACAAGGUGAUUCUGUCCCGGCAGUAUGGCUCAGAGGGGAGGUUCACCUUCACAUCACACACGCCUGGAGAGCAUCAGAUCUGUCUGCACUCUAACUCCUCCAAGUUCGCCCUGUUCGCCGGAGGCAUGCUGAGGGUUCACCUGGACAUCCAGGUGGGAGAACACGCCAACAACUACGCCGAGAUCGCCGCCAAAGACAAACUGACGGAGCUGCAGCUGAGAGUCCGACAGCUGGUGGAGCAGGUGGACCAGAUCCAGAAGGAGCAGAACUACCAGAGGUACCGCGAGGAGCGUUUCCGUCAGACCAGCGAGAGCACCAACCAGCGGGUCCUCUGGUGGUCCAUCGUCCAGACCCUCAUCCUGGUGGCCAUCGGCAUCUGGCAGAUGAGACACCUCAAGAGCUUCUUCGAGGCCAAGAAACUGGUGUAAUUGAGUCUGUUUGCGUGUGUGUGUGGUUGUUUGUGUGAGUGUGUGUGAGUGUAUGUGAGAGCGUGUGUGAGUGUGUUUGGUCUCUACUGAUUGAUGCAGUGCUGAGCGGCGGCGGUGGCGGCGGUGACGGUCGACGCUGCUGUCGGAGGAAAACCUGCUGAGGAGACGGGACGCAGAGAAAUCCAGCUGCACGAUUCGGCUUGAAAACAGCAUCUUUAGAUUAUUCCAGAUGUUCUCAUUGUUUUCCUCAGCAGCUGUGGUCGUAACGAGCCCCUCACGUUCGCAGUAGACUAUCAGGGGUUAAUGUGACAACUCUAUAUUUAUAUACUGUCAGCGUCUACCAGGCCGAUAGUCAUGUGUUUGUUUUUCCCUUUUUCUGUCUCCUCGCUCGCUGGGAUGAGUACAUGACGUGUUACUGGCCACUAGAGAUGCUGUUGAGUCUGAAUAUCAGCUGGCAGUUUGAAGCAAAUGCUGAAAUUAUUCAUCUGUAAACUCAUUUUGUUUUGCAUUUUUCUGCAUCUUGCAUAACGCAGGGAACUAAAAAUAUUGACACUUGAGGACGUUACAGUGCUGUUGAUGUUGAGAUGAUGAUAGAGAAGUAUUUACUGCCCCCCCCCCCCCCCGUUCAUGGUUAACUGCAUCUUGUAUUGUUAAUUUCUGAGGACGUGUGAUACUAAAUACUACAAGGAACACAGGAUUUAGCUCUCACAUGAACUUGUAGUUAAAAGUAUAUCAGAGCUUUUAAUUGUGCCUCCGACUGCAGAUUAUAAAUAUAGUCAGCGUUCGGACUGAUUUCUGACCUCUGCUCGGCUCUCGACUCAUUUAUUUUUUCACUGAUUUAAACACCUGAAGAAGUAGAUGCUGCUGCGAUCGAACAAGGAAGAAAAAACUGUGUCCACCUGCAGGACUUAGAGGGAUAGUUUGGAUGUUUCGACGUGGGGUUGUAUGAGGUACUUAGAAUAUCAACCAGAGAAGAUACUACCUUAAAAAUACACCCACAGUUUAAAAAACUAUACGUUGUAUUCCUGAAAUCUCUUCAGUUUGGGCACCUCAAGACUUUGGUGAAGAUGUAGACGUGUCAUUUGUGUGGAUAAAGUUAAAAAAAUUACUGAGAACUGGCAGUUUAAAAAGUCUAAAUUUACCUCAAACAACCACACUUCAAAAUACCCAAGCUGUCCCUUUAAGGGUCGGAUCUGGUCUAAAAACAGGUGUAUUGUGUUUCUGCAGACACACAUUUGUCCACACAUUUCGUAUAUAAAAUGUUAAAGCAAACCGUUGUGUUACAGAUGCAUAAAGUAUAAUUCAGGCUGUAGUUGGUUUCAUUAAUGAGGUGAAAUACUGAUCGAAGGUUGCAAUACUCAGCUUUCAGAUGCAGUUUGUGUUGAUUCCUCUUUUAUCUCACGUUCCCAGCCAGCUCAGUGAAAUCCAACCAGAUGAGACUGUUUUCUGUUUGUUACUGCGUGUGACUGGAUCUACAUUUUUACUGUUGUGUCCAAACUGAAUGUAUGUUUCUGUUCAUCUGAUUCUGGCUCGCUGUCGGAGGCACAGACAGAAUAUCGUGAAUCUUCUUGUAUCGGAUCAUUUGGCACCGCCGUCCCCGUUCUUCCUGGAACUUUUUGGUCGAAAGCAGCUUUACAUCUUGAGGCGUCCACUAAUCCCGUCAAAUGAGAGAACUGGUUUGAUAGUUGCAUCUGUGUCUGAUUUAGAAUGAAGCCGACUGUGUUUCUUUACCAGAAUCCAGUCGUUUGAAGGAAAAGCUUUCAGAUUUGACCUUAAAAUAUCAUGUUGUAUCUCCUGAAAGAUGUAAAGCACUGCAUCAGCACCAGCUCGUCAAACCGGCUGGAUGAUCUUUACCUCCAGAUUUUUCACUUUUCAGAUAUAAACAACAAACACAAACUGUUGUACAACGUUUAAUUUAGUUCUCAAACUCGUACAGAACAUUCAGCUUCCACGUGACUUCAGUGAGAAAUGAGCAGUGAGAUCUGAAUCUGAGGAGUGAAAUAGCAGAAAAUGUCCCUCAGCUGAUUUAAAAGAAGCAUCAAGAAGGCCCGUCAGUCGAUUCUUUCCCUCUUCAGCUCUAAACAUUUAGUUCCUUUUUUUUUUGUUCCUUAUUCUCUGGUGGUUUGUGUUGAACACGUUUAUUCUGCUGGUAGAUUACUGCAAUGUUUUUCUGGGUUAGAGUUUGAAUCAGUUGGUUUUAGGCUGGAAGAGGGGCUUGAAUUUAUUUUAUUUUUAGAGAGAUUCUGUCCAUGUGAAAUCUGUCUGAAAUUGCACUCGAAAUAAAGUUUUGUCACAUUUGGUUUAAAGAA